AUGGCAUCAACCGCACUAAAGCGGUUGAUGACCGAAUAUAAAGAACUUACUUUGAAUGCUCCAGAGGGAAUUACAGCCGGGCCUAUUUCCGAAGACUCCUUCUUCGAAUGGGAGGCACUGAUAGCAGGUCCGGAAGGAACACCUUAUGAAGGAGGUAUAUUCCCUGCCAUACUACGUUUUCCUACCGAUUAUCCAUUAUCACCACCAACCAUGAAAUUCACAUGCGAAAUGUUUCAUCCAAAUGUAUAUCCUGAUGGACUAGUAUGUAUAUCUAUCUUGCAUCCUCCUGGUGACGAUCCAAAUAUGUACGAAAGUUCAUCAGAACGUUGGUCACCUGUACAAAGCGUUGAAAAGAUUUUAUUGAGCGUAGUUAGUAUGUUGGCGGAACCGAAUGAUGAAAGUGGCGCAAAUAUUGAAGCCUGUAAAAUUUGGAGGACAGAUCGUGAAGGGUUCGAUAAGAUUGUUAAGGAUAACGUGAGAAAGACACUAGGACUAUGA